AUGACGUGUGCAACAGACAAGCUCUAUCAAUUGGAGUUCGUGGUGAAGACGAUGACACGGUGCGGCCGACCAGAAGACGAGGGCUGCGGCACGGCCGUAGGCAUCCGGUUUCUUGGCAACCAGGAACAAAUGGUGUGUGAGAUCCCGGCGGCCGUGGACUGUUCUGGGUCUACCGUGACCUCCGUGAAUGCCGGCAAUAAGUACACAUUUCCUAUGCCCGGCGUUGGCAAGUGUGAUCCGCGGUCGAUGCGAGUGUCCGUCCGGCUGCACCGGAUAUUGGGCGCGGACACGUUGCCCGGGCGCGUAGAACUGGCAUCCGGCGAACUGGAAGUGCCAGUGACCAUGAGACCGGACGAACGACGGCGCCGACGGCCGGCCUCCAGCGCCAGCGGAGCUGACAACGAUGACAACGCCUCAGAUGACGGCUGCGAGAUGACCGUCCCAAUGACCAGUUGCCAUGACGGACGAACGGUGGCUGUGCUGGUUAUAAGGGCGAAAGUGUAUUGCUUCGGUCCAAUGAUGGCUGCGCCGAUCACAUGCCCUGCUCCGUGUCCUAUCUCGUGCCCGGCUCCCUGCCCGGCCCCCUGUCCGACCCCCUGCCCGGUUCCUUGUGGCACCCGGCCCAGAUGUCCUACCCCUUGCCCGGUGAAGUGUGUGGUCCCCUGCCCGGUGAAAUGUCCUACCCCAUGCCCGGUGAAGUGUCCGACACCCUGCCCGGUGAAGUGUCCGACACCCUGCCCGGGCAAGUGUCCGGUACCAUGCCCAGCCAAGUGUCCAAUACCCUGCCCGGCCAAGUGUCCAAUACCCUGCCCGGCCAAGUGUCCGAUUCCCUGUCCGCCCCCCUGUCCAGCUAAGUGUCCGAUCCCCUGUCCGCCAAAGUGCCCGGUUCGCUGCUCGCCACCACCCGACCCCUGCUGCCAGAAGAAGACGAUUACCAUCCCGUGUUGUCCAACAGGUUGCCCUCAACCUCGGCCAUGUCGUCGAACCUGCUGUAUCACGACCACCGGGCCCAGUUGCCCUCAGCAACAGUACGAGACGGUUUCGUGCGAGAUCGAUGGCCACAAGAUGGACUUGCGCGUGCGCAAAAAGAACUUCGAGACGUGCUCAGUUCAGCGUCGCAUCGCCAACGAAGCAGAGGCGUUCGCUUGUCGGGUUAUGGGAGUUGUGAAAGACAUGCACGGACUCAUAAUGGACUCAUCCAAUGGAGGUGGAAAUUGA